AUGUUGUCCGCUAUCAAUAUCCCCCGCAUCAGCAUUGGCGACAAGCUGGACUUGAGCAAUAAUAAUCGCAGCCGCAUGGACACCUUGAGCACGGUCGACACUAUCAGCACGGGUGCUUCUUCUUCGUGUGGUGCCGCUCACUUUGAAGAAGAUGUUCGAUUAAUCAUUGAGAAUCAGGCUACACUCGACAGUAUCUGGAAGGACCUCAAGAAGGGUGCCUACAAGAACGCCCAUACACUCCAGAUCAUCUACAAGACCAAUGAUCCACUCCGCAAAUUGAGCAAGAUGAAGAAUCUCGAGAAUGUCUUUGGUGCUUUGGGCAAACUACCACAACUCAUGGAAGUCGUCUUUUGCGAAUCCGCACUCUACGUGCCCUUUGUCCACAAACUCCUCAAAAAGACCUCCCAACUGCAGACACUCAAGUUUCUCCACUGCAAAUUUGUGAAUGUGAACAACAAGACAGUCGAUCAAUUGUGGAAAUCGGUCGAACAACAAUCGCAAUUGCGUGUCUUGGAGAUUCUCGAUUGCCGUGGAGUGGCGGAUGAAUGCUCCUCCAGUCCGGUCGACAAGUUUGCUUUUGUAAUGCCCAGUUGUCUCUCAUCACCGGCUAAGUUGCCGGAACUCCGCCGCGUCGUCUUGGACGAAUGCAUCAUUGAUGGAACCAACCACAUGGCAUUUACCAAUUUGAUUCAACAUCAUUCGCAAUUGCAAGAACUCGAGAUUCGACCUGUUCUGCAACUCAACAGCAGCAACGCACGAUUUGGUGACAAGAAAAUCAACUUGGAAAAUUUCAUGCUCGUCACGGUCCCCGAUGCACUCGCCGUCAAUACUAGCUUGACCAAGAUUGCCAUUGCAUUGGAGGAUUACAUGCUGGCUACGGUAUACCUGGAUGCCAUUUCCGAAUGGGUUUCUGUCGUUCAAAAUGACAAUGAUACCCUGACGGAUUUGCGGGCGUGUCCCACACUGCCGUCGGCAUCCACUGCUGGAGCCUUUGCCGACUGGGAGACACUCGGUGUCAUGGACGAUGGCGUCGAAGUCUUUUCCAAUGAAGGAUGCGAAAGUUACGACAUUGGCUUUCAUGUCCGAAGAGCUGGCUGCGCAUCUUGUUGA